UGGUAGAUAAGAUUUGAUUUGAUAUAUUCAUAUAUACGCUUAAGGCGAAACCCAAAGUCUAAGACGCGCCCCUCCCACACCAGCUCUGCAACCACCGCCAGCGUUUGCCCGCCCAGAUCUCCACCGCGCGAUGGCCGCCGCCGCGCCACCGGCGGCCUCGGCCGACGACGAGAUCGUGUACGAGUCGAUGCCCUGCAUCCGCAUCUACAAGAACCGCGUGGAGCGCUACUUCGGGUCGGAGUUCGUCGCCGCCUCCACCGACGCCGCCACCGGCGUCGCGUCGCACGACCGCGUCAUCUCCCCCAACGUCUCCGCGCGCCUCUACCUCCCGCGCCUCGACGGGCCCACCGCCGCGGCGGGGGCGAAGCUCCCCGUGCUCGUCUACUACCACGGCGGCGGGUUCUGCCUCGGCUCCGCCUUCAACCCGACCUUCCACGCCUACUUCAACGCCUUCGCCGCGCUCGCCGGCGCCGUCGUGGUGUCCGUCGAGUACCGCCUCGCGCCGGAGCACCCCGUCCCCGCGGCCUACGCCGACUCGUGGGAGGCGCUCGCCUGGGUCGCCGGCCACGCCGCGGGGGGCGACGGCGGCGACGAGCCGUGGCUCGUUGACCACGCCGACUUCUCCCGCCUCUACCUCGGCGGCGAGAGCGCCGGCUCCAACAUCGCGCACCACAUGGCGAUGCGGGUGGCCGAGGAUGGGCUGCCCCACGGCGCCAAGAUCCGCGGCCUCGUCAUGAUCCACCCCUACUUCCUCGGCACCAACAAGGUGGGCUCCGACGACCUGGACCCCGCGGUGCGGGAGAGCCUCGGCAGCCUGUGGCGCGUCAUGUGCCCGACCACCACCGGUGAGGACGACCCGCUCAUCAACCCGCUCGUCGACGGCGCGCCGGACCUCGCCGCGCUGGCGUGCGACCGCGUGCUCGUGUGCAUCGGCGAGCGCGACGUGCUCCGCGACCGCGGCCGCGCGUACUACGACCGGCUCACGGCGAGCGGGUGGCGCGGCGAGGCGGAGAUAUGGCAGGCGCCGGGCAAAGGGCACACCUUCCACCUCCUCGAGCCACACUGCGACGAGGCCAUCGAGCAGGACAAGGUCAUCAGCGGCUUCCUCAACCGCUAGGGCUCGCCGGCCGGCGAUGACACCGCCACCAUAUCGGAGAUUAGCAUCGGUUUAUACCCGCAAAUAACUGCAGCUACGUCGCCGACGGCGACGGCAGCUGCCGCCGCACCAUACUUACUGCUGCAUUUUUACGUUUUGGAUUCAGAAUUGUGUUGCGUCUGUUGCAAUUGGGUGGUAUGGAUGGAUCGUAUCGCCAUUGUUGUAGCUGUGGGUGUUGUAUCAGAAAACUUGGGAGAUAAUACAGUGAUACAUUUCAUA